AUGUAUGAAAAAAAAAUAGGAUCAGGAGUACAAGCUACACCUGCUGAGGUUGUUUUGAUACAUACUUCUUUGAGUGGUAUCAGAAGGCAUUUUUAUGGUUCUUUAAGAGCAAAGCAGUUUCUCGAUGUGAAAGGAGUUGUAUACUAUCAGAUUGAUGCAAAUAGAGACUUCUCAAUUGCUGCAAGAGAUUCUGAAAUAUUUGAUAACUUAAAAAACGAAGGACUUUUGAAAAUGGACCCAUUGGAAUCUGAUGGAACAAUUUUACUUCCACAAAUUUUUGUUGAUGGUGUAAAUAUUGGGAAUGAUGUUUCACUACAAGAUCUAGAAGAAGAUAACGAUUUUGACUGGAUUAUUAACAGAAAAGCGUGUGGAGCUUGUUUGUCUGAUAAGGAGGAAGACAUGGAGAUAUGUCCAAAUUGUAACCAAGUAUUUAAGACCAUUGUUCCGCCUGAGUUAGUCUACUCUGGUGGAGUCCAGCAAAUUUAUAGAGGAAACAAUACUGCUGUACAAGAAGGAAUUUUAUUUGAACAUCCAACAAACUUUGUUAAAAAUAAUAACUCUGGUUUAAAUUUGACCCGAAAUGAAAAAUAUGAAGACUACCAAGAUGAAGAAGAGUAUGAUAAUAUUGCUGAAGAGGAAUACUCAGAAAUGGAUAUUAAGAAUGAAUAA